UACAGCGCGCUCUCGAUUUCGUCGAACUGAAGCCUCGUGGUCGAACCGUCGGUGUCGUUUCACCUCGAACAACAAGGAACUUCAUCAUUUUCCCAUCGCACCACCCUCGACUGACAAGCAAUCGCUCCUUGCAACGAAAUUAACUCGAAACAUCCGCGCCCGAAAAACAAAAAUCGCGCCGCGGGUUAAUUGUGUUUACUUUCCGCGAUUUUUCUCCUUUGUCGGUUCGAUGCUUAUCAAAAUUCCGCGCGCGUGAUUUCGGGUGUCGCGUCCGAGGAACCCGAUUGGCGUGACGUUUCGCUGGUAAAAAUUCAAUGGUCGAAAAUUGAAUUUCUGAGCCGGUGUUUGUUUUCGCGGGGCCCGUACAUUUUCCGAAGGAUAAUCGAGUUUCCUUUGAUUUCGUGAAACUCGCGAGCCGCGCGGGCGAAUGGCGGGCGUGUGUGGGCUCGUGAAACGAAACGAAGGUCCGUUUCGCGUGUCCUCGCCGAGGUAAACAUUCGAGGGGAGAAAUUAAGCACUCGACACCGCGGUGGAACCCCGAGUCCUGGGAAGAAGGCAGGAAGGAAACGCCACCUCGGGACACCGAGCGAGAAAGAUGGAAAAAGUGCUGAACGCGACGUCGUUCCCCACCAUUGAAGGCGACGACGAUAAUUUGUACGUGCCAUACGAUCAGCGACCGGAAACGUACAUCGUACCUGCGGUAUUCAUAUUAAUCCUGGUGGUGGGUGUAACUGGAAACGGAAUUCUCGUGCUCACCUUACUGCGACACUCCAACAUGAGAAACGUUCCGAACACUUACGUGCUCUCUCUGGCUUUGGGCGAUCUUUUGGUGAUCGUGACGUGUGUGCCGUUCACGUCGAUCCUCUACACGAUCGAGUCAUGGCCGUGGGGUCUGGCAGUUUGCAAAUUAUCGGAGUGCGCCAAGGAUAUUUCGAUCGGCGUUUCAGUUUUCACUCUGACUGCGUUAUCGGCCGAGAGGUACUGCGCCAUCGUGAAUCCCAUUCGUCGCCACGUCGCAGGAUUGAGCGCGAAACCGCUAACGAUACUUACAGCUUCCCUCAUUUGGGUCCUGGCGAUUGUCCUGGCGAUGCCAGCUGCUCUUUUCUCUCACGUGCCCACUGUGGAGUUGCAGGCUAACCACAGCAUCCUGAUUUGCAGUCCCUUCCCCGAAGAAUUCGGCGAAAGCUAUCAAAGAGGGAUGGUGCUGUUCAAGUUCCUGGCAUACUACGCGAUACCCCUCUGCGUGAUAGCUGGAUUCUAUCUGGGAAUGGCGCGACACCUUGAACUUUCCACGAGAAACAUGCCUGGAGAGUUGUCUACUGGAGGCCAUCGUAUGGAACAAAUUAGAGCACGAAGAAAGGUUGGAAAGAUGGUGAUCGCCUUCGUGAUCAUCUUCGUAAUUUGUUUCCUGCCGUAUCACACGUUCAUGCUGUGGUUCCACUUCUGCCCGUCGUCCAAGGAGGAUUUCGACGACUUCUGGCACGCAUUCAGGAUCCUCGGCUUCUGUCUGAGCUUCGUCAACAGCUGCGUCAAUCCGAUAGCCCUGUACUUUGUCAGCGGGACCUUCCGCAAAAGAUUCAACGAGUACCUGUGCUGUCGCCUGUCGAAGAGGUCCUUGAGCGUUUGUCGAACGGAAACGACGGGUAGUUUAGAGAGGAACGGUAAUCGUUUGACUCAAAGAAGACGGAUCGGAGGACAUGGUGGCCAUUACGAAACCAGUUUCGGAUCUACGUUUCGAAGGCACACUCAGGAACUGAACUCAACCGCUGUUUUCGAGCUGGGGAGCGAGGAGAGGCCUACCUGAGACUUAGGUUGUAAGUAAUUUUCAAUGACGAUCAACGGAAGCACCACGAUGCGUUCGCGAACGCGUGUGCAGACAAAAUCGAGAAUCGAGGACCACUGGUAGGGAGAAGAAAGUUAAGUAAAUGUUUUAAUAACAACGCACACUGCCGCUGGAAUGUUUGAUGCCCCUCUUUCGAUUUUCAAAGUCGCUUUAUUUUAUUUAUUUAUUUAUUCACUGCAUGGAUUCGUAUUGAAAGGAUAGUGCAAAAUGCGAAACCAACCUGUCCAGACGAGAAUAGAUUUAAGAAUACGCUUCCAACUUUAAGCAAACUAAAAGUGAUCGAUAAUA